AUGCUAGGUUCAAUAUUCAGGGACUAUCCUGAACCAUCGGAAAACGGAUAUUGGGGUCGUCCAACCUCGACGAUAGAUUGGUGUGAAGAAAACUACGUUGUUUCGCCGUUUGUGGCAGAAUGGUCCAAUACGAUAACCAACGGUCUGUUUGUGUUGCUGGCGGUUUUUGUCACGUAUUCUGCUAUACGCAAUAACCUGGAGAAGCGAUUUUGGUGGAUAGGGCUUGGAUUUGGCAUUGUUGGCGUUGGAUCCUGGUUUUUCCAUAUGACGCUUCUUUACGAAUUCCAGUUACUCGACGAACUACCAAUGAUCUACGCAACUUGUAUACCUACCUGGAGCAUCUUCUCGGAGGAAACAGAAGUUUUGCGCAAUUCGAAUCGGCCUGCGUCUAUCUCUAGACAACUGAUCGUUGGAGUCAUAGUUUUCAGUUCUGCUGCGAUUUUGACCGUAGUGUAUCUGAUCUCGCGCAAUCCAACAUUCCAUCAGACCGCGUACGCAAUUCUGAACGUAAUUGUUGUUGUUUCUGCCGGUGUGCUAGCAACAAAAUACGUCAAAGACCCGUUGGCCAAGCAGAACUUGGUGAACACAAUGGCGUUGAGUAUUUUCAUUUUUCUGAGCGGGUUUGCCAUGUGGCAACUCGAUAUCCAUCUAUGCUCCUUUUGGAUCUAUAUCCGCAGAUCUUUUCUGCGGUUACCCCUCGGUGUACUUCUAGAAUUGCAUGCAUGGUGGCAUUUGCUAACCGGUACCGGUGUCUAUUACUACAUCGUCCAUUUGGAAUACCUGCGAACUUUGACCCAUGGGCGCGCUAACGACUACACUUUGAUUUGGCGCUGGAGAGUGUUCCCAGAACUUAUUCUGAAUGGUAAAUCUAUCUCAACAAGCUACAGCUUGGAGCUUCUGGGCAACCUGGAACAGUCAAAUGUUCAAGAAGGCAAGCACCGUGUGAAAAAGGAGUGA